UCCCCACGCCAGACUAAAUAGGUACCUACGUGCCCCGCCAAAACUUGCUAGAGCUUGCUAAAUUGCCCACCGGAAUUUAGUGUGAUGAAAGCCUCGUCGCAACGUUGACACCACUAAAUCUUGCACCUAACAACUUUAAACAAUAUCAUACCGCCGCCCUCGACCCGACAAAGCAAGAUUUAUAGCACUGGACGAAGUCCACCUCCCUUCACUCAUACACCACAAUACCAAUUCCCCGCGACAACCCAAAAUACCGACCAAUAUGGCUACAACAGGCGAGCCUUUCUACAUACGAUACUACUCAGGUCACUCCGGUCGAUUCGGCCACGAGUUCCUAGAGUUCGACUUCCGGGUGGUUGGCGACGGUAGAAGCGCCGUAGCUCGAUACGCGAACAACUCGAACUACCGAAAUGACAGUCUGAUCCGAAAAGAGAUGUGCGUUAGUUCGCUGGUAGUAGAUGAGAUCAAGCGCAUAGUCAAGACGAGCGAGAUCAUGAAGGAAGACGACGCAAAGUGGCCCCAGAAGAACAAGGAUGGUCGACAGGAGCUUGAGAUACGGUUAGGAAAUGAUCACAUAUCUUUCGAGACAGCCAAGAUCGGCUCCCUAAUCGACGUAACCGAAUCAGCGGACCCCGAAGGACUACGAGUAUUCUAUUACCUAGUACAAGACCUGAAGGCGUUGGUUUUUAGCUUGACAUCACUACAUUUCAAGAUCAAGCCCAUCUCAUGAUUACAUAGGACCGGAGUUACGGAGGGAGAAGAAAGAGGGAGGAGAUACGCAAAUGCGAGUUUUAUGAUCAUCAUUAUGUACACAUCGGAGUGCGUUGCGACGCCUCAACUACCCAGCUACCAGUCUCCCUCACACCCAACUGGAAUAUACCCCCUCGCCAAUGCCGCAAAAAGCUCGUGAAAUGCUACAUUGUUUGUCAUCAACAUCAUGUCUCCGUACAAAUGGAGACCACACUACCAAGACACUGGGCUUCUCUGCUGUGAUUCUGUGCUAGACUCCUGUGUCAUUUCAUCUUCUCCAAUGGUUAUCAUGUCGGUGUUAUAGAGUCAAGAUGAUGCCAAGUUGAUAUCUGCCAACUUGCCUUCAUCUGCGUUAAUUAUGAGGGUGGUCAUAUAAUAAGUUCUGGGAUGUCGACCCUCGAGGACAUAAUUCGUCCAUGUCAAAAGUUGUGUACCUGUAUAUCAUGUAGGUACGGUUAUCGGAAUUCCACAGCGCCGAAACAGCCACGAUCUUCCACAUGUUUGAGUUCCAAUUGCUGGAAUCUGCGGUGUGACCAUAUUAGCAACGAAUGCCUGUAACUUAUAACCCGAAACGGCAAUGGGAAAACAUAAAAUAGUGGAAAAGUGCAGAUGGAUAAGCUGUGAUGGAAUGCAUAAUGUGACGAAUAUAGGAUAUAAUAAAUGCAAAACAAAAUAAAUGUAGAAACAAGGGAUGAUGACACGUACUUUUCACUCUUGGAGUGGAAAUA